CAGAUAACGAGCGGCAGGAAAUCAUCUUUCUAGAUUUGAUUGCUAAUGUGGUACCACGAGUACAUUGUGUCUUUGAGUACAACGAAACUCUCCCUGAUUACGACGAUCUUGUUGCGCUAGAAUGUGCAGUAAAGGUUACUGGACGAAGGGUCUUCUAGACUACACCUUCAUCCUGGAGAGAUGUUCUGAUAUCGGUGUCCCUUACAUUCUCAUUACUAGGGAUGCUGUGCUGGCCGAUGAUAGACGGUGCCUACAGACUGAUGUAGAAGAUGGCCAUGCAGACCACCGGAUUGAGGAGUUUGCAGAGCACACAAACUUGCGUCAUUCGCCUUCGUUGCCAGUGAGUUCCAGCACAGUGGUGGAGAGGCUUCGCACGAGGCAGAUCUAUCCCAAGACGUCCGACACGGCAUGAGCUUUGCACAACGAGUGUGAAAGUAUGGCUUUGAGGUGCAGUAGCCAAAUGCGCAGCUGGUCAUGCUGUCGAAGAGACUUCUCGAAGCGCCCGGAAAACCGGUUGACGAAGAGUACUGUGUCUGCGGACUCGGCUGGCCAGGCUGUAUCAUCCACUGACCUCGACAAUCAAGAAGAUGUGGGCAUUGCGGUCAAGUCAAGCGGCCUUUUCAGGCCCCCUUGUUCACUUUGGGCUUCACUUUGGGCUUCGUGUUGAGAAUCGAUUCUGAUCCCCAUUACUUCCACCUUUGUCCCUCACAUACUAAAUCACAACAUAGUUUGAGUGGUUGAAUACUCCAGAGCACAAGAUUCUGACAAGACCAAGAACUGAUUCGAUCGGUGGUCAAAGUUCCAGAAAUGCCUACUUGGCAGAGUAUUCAGGAAUACACAAGAUGGAGGAGCAAAUGCCACAACACUCAGCGGCGAGUCUUGACUUCUCCAAAGUCCGUUUCCGUUUCCGUUUCCGUUUCCAGACCUGAGCAUCUCGCCAGUUGACCUGAGCCCUGACUAAGCUAUUCCGAGCUCUGGCUGUGCGAUCUUGAGUAAGGCUUAGUGUGUCCUGAGGCGUACACUGAGCAGCGUGAGAACAGCCUGAAUCUGACACGGAACCCAUAACUUGGACCCCUAGGGUUCCUAGUUUCCGGUGUUUCACAUGCGACGCCAAGCCCCCCUUAUAAGUUGUUCUCCAUUGAAGGCUUAUGCUUCUCAGUGACCUUCACAAACAGAACGAGGACAACUAUGCCGACAAUCGCCUUCCACCAAAAGACAAUCGAUCAAUUAAACGUCCAGUCCGAGAAUUUUUGUUCAGGGUUGUUCCACGGCUAAUAUCUGUACCGGUUUUGUUGUAGUGUCUCUUUUCUCUGCGUGUCAGCACAAUAACAACAAGUGGUGUUAUGCCGGCAAAACUUCAACUCUCUGACAAGCAAGUCUCUUAUUCGGAUGUGAAGGACGACGAAUCGAACAUAUUGCAUAAACUCACGGCGUGGGAUCGACGGUGCAAAUUUUUCAAUCACCUAUAUCGAAAUCAGACCGUUAUCCAUGCAAUCACUGCGCAUCAUCUUGGAUUGAAUGUCCAGCUAUGCAAGGUAGCAGAGCCAGAAGAAUGGAUCUACGGCAGCUUCAAUGUGUGUAUUCCGGUCUCCAUCUCCAGCUGGAAAGGACAACCAACGGAACGGGUCAUUAUUCGAUUUCCACUACCAUAUAAGGUGGGCGGCCCAGAAAAUGCGGACGAAAAGCUUCGUUGCGAAGCUGGUACCUACAUCUGGCUUCGGGAAAACUGUCCAUCCGUCCCGAUCCCUCGCCUACAUGGAUUCGGACUCUCGACAGGUCAGAGAUUUACAGCUAUCGAGAACUUACCUCUCCUUCUCCAACUGGCUCACCAUUUCUAUCGCCGACUGCUUAAUUGGCUGAAAUUCCCCGUCCCUUCGAGAUACGUUCGUCAUGGAGAAGCAGACUUUGACUCCUUGAGCUCUGGCUAUCUUCUGAUCGAUUACAUAGAGAAAACCGAGGGCCAAAUGCUGUCGUGCACAUGGAACGAGAGGCAUGAAGAGAAGGGGCUACGUAGGAACCUCUUUCGAAACCUGUCCCGGAUCCUAUUGAACAUGGCUCAAGUGCCACUUCCGCGCAUUGGUUCCUUCACCGUGGACAAUGACGGAGUCUUACACUUGGCCAACAGGCCACUGUCGCUAGUAACCCAUCAGCUGGAAAAUGAGCAGAUCCCGGUGGAUAUUCCUCGUCAUCUAACCUACACUUCCACGGACUCUUAUGUGUUAGAUACGCUAAACUGUUUACAUGAUAGCCGGUUACGCCAUCAACCAAAUGGUGUUAGCGACACUGGAGACUGUAUCUACCAGAUGUCGGCUUUGGCUGCCAUGAAAGCCACUUCGUCACUCUUUCUACGACGCGACCUCCGCCAUGGACCUUUUGUUUUCAGCCUGACCGACCUACAUCAGAGUAACAUUUUUGUUGAUGAUGACUGGAAUAUCACAUGCCUUGUUGAUCUUGAAUGGGCCUUCUCCUGUCCCGUCGAGAUGAUCCUCCCUCCUCGUUGGCUAGCGAACCAGGAAAUCGACGAGAUGGACGAGAAAAUAUACGAUCCCGUUCGUCGCGAGUUCUUGGAUGUUUUGGAGGAAACUGAGCAGGAGCUUUCCAUCCAAUUCCGCGACAGACUCUCCGUCAUCAUGAGACAAGCAUGGGAAAUGGGGACUUUCUGGUACACUUUGGCUCUUCACAGUCCAAUGGGGCUUGUUCGAGUAUUCUACGAUCACAUCCAGCCGAUACUCGCCAAUGGGCACGAAGAGAACGACGCGUUUUACACAAUUAUGAUGGAAUAUUGGACCAUCGAGACGACUCCAUUCAUUAAUAAGAAACUGGCAGAUGAGGAGGACUAUGAUAAGCAGCUCCGUCAAGCGUUCGAGGACCAAGUGGAGCCCCGUUGAGGCAGCUUCAUUUUCCUGUUUGCCCUUGAGGAUGACCUUGGUUCUGGGCCGUCCCUUCCUUUUUUGCCGCCUCUCCGGCAUUUCGAGCCGCCUUGUCGAGAGAUUCCAACCCCUUCUUAUUUCUCUUUGCUUUGACGGUAUCUGAAGACGAGGAAAACUGGUUCAUCGCUUUAGGCGGGACUUUGGCAGCGAUGUUCCCUUCUUCAGAGCACCAUCGGAGGAGUCUGAGCGUUGAUCGGCCAUUUCUCUUGAUGGACGUUUGAAUAUAUUGACUACUUCUCGGUUAGCAAGCAGCCCAAACACCGAUGAGACCUGUCUCUCACAUUUUUGGAUACAAUGUUUUACAAAGUUCGAACACUCUAUCGCCUCGUUCGAAAGAAAAUUACCUUGGAAAUUAUUAAUGGCAGUAAGAAUCUUUAUACCAAACUGUAUGCCCACCUUCUGACAAUCUAUUCCAAAUUGUGGGUCUCUUCUUCAUGCAAGAUCGACUUCUACAAUCCAAUACUGCAGACUCCCUCACACGCCAGGUAAAAGAUAUUGAAACGACUGCUGCAGCAGUUUAGCAGAAUCAGGCAUCGGCCCAACAAGUUUCGGGUAUGGAGACGACAAGACUCAAUGAGAAGAGGCGCUGAAGUGGCCACGAAGAAGAAUAGGGUCAUGCACAGUUCGUUGGUGUGGUGAUGAAGAAUUGCUGCUCAUACAAGCUGCUACGGAUGGGUUGACAUGGCCGGUUGAUUGGAGUAUUGGAACACCUUCUUGAGAGACUCUCAAGGCGACGCGAAUCAGCCAUCCUCAUCAAAAUCAUCGAAGGGGAAAUGGUUCCUGAUCCCAUCUUUCUCUGCAGGAUCCGCAGCCGCAACCAUCCGCUCCUUGAUAUCUUGGGCCAGUUCUCUGGUAGCCGUGAAAUCCUCGUUGGGCACCCAACCAUACACGUCGACCCUGAGUGUUUCCCUCAUUUGAUCCAUCAUGGUGUCCAUCUCUUGCUGCCGGCCGAGGAGUUCUGUGAUGGACUGGGUGGAUUCCUCAGAGAACUGGAUGGGCGGGGUCUCACAUGUGGUUGAGCCGGAAGAAACAACAUCUUGCCAAUGCUGGAUCGCAUUGAUCAGUUCGGCUUGAAGAGUGAUCGAGUCGCCCUCCCACGGCGUUCCUGCGUGUUUGUACAGGCGUUGGUGCAAGACCACUCCGCUGUUGAAGAUGGCUUCGUAAUGCUCUUCAUUAUAUCGCAGAGUCAGUGCUGCGUAUAGAAAGUGGGUGAGUCGCUUGAUGUGUACUUGCUUCACGGCCACCUGCUCUUCCGGGUUCAGCGCAUCAAAAUCCGGUGAAAGUUCGCGGGCUGGCUGGAUCAUGCGCUCCGACUCAGGGUCUCCGUAGUUCUGGAAAUGCUCGGGUAUACCGGCAGAUAGACAUAGCGGGAGAGCAGUUGCAUGCUGCCAAUCGAUGAGCCCAACAAUGUCCAAAGAUUCCGAGAGGAGGAUGUUAUUCGGUUGAAGGUCUGGAUGGCGGAGGAUUGGUCGACUGAGGCGGUCGUGUCGGCGGUACCCCAAACAAUUUGCGAGUUUUAGGUAUUUGUCGAUGGCGUCGAUGUGAGACUGUGGCGACAUCUUUUGGUACUUGUGCACUUCACGGUAGAGUCGUUCAUAGUGUAGGCGCGGCUUUGCGAACGUCUUGGUCCACUGGAGUUCUCGCUCACCAACCGCAACAAAAGGGCCAUUCGAGUUGCACCCUGGAACGUUAGACGGGGAGGGGGGGAUGUGGUUCGCAGCAUACGACUUACAAGGUCCACGGUCGCACUCGAGCGAAUCUCUUCCUUUGUGCCACCAGCUGUAAUGAGCCAUCGGGCCUAUGCAGAACUCAUGCCCCUGACUCUGAAAGGGGACGGACUGCGACCUUUCAUGCCGAGCCAGGUCAUUUGGGAAGUAAAUGCUCCCGCUGGCCGGG